AUGCCCACAGUGAGGAGAAUAAAAUCUGUAAAAUGGGAUGAAGAUGAUUUGGAUGAUUAUUAUAGCGACGAUUACUCGGACUCUGAAAACGAGGAUUCCGGGUACGCCAAAAAAAAUGGCAAAUUCUCUAAAACUCAAGUCAAGCUGAAUGUAACACCAAAAAGGGAGAUAGUUUCCAAAACUGCACACCAAAAGCCAGUGUGUCAAACUCACAGUAAUUUCCCGCUUUGUAGUCCAAAAAAGGCUGUAAUCGACACCAAUAAAUCCCCAAACAGAUACCCUUUAAAUGUAGUUGUCCUUGGAGCAGUAGAUGCAGGAAAGUCUACUCUUCUCGGCCAUUUCCUCACACUCACGAACUGCGUGGACAAAAAACUCAAAAACUUAAAGCAUCUCUCCUGGAUUCUAGACCAGGGUGAGGACGAGCGGGAUCGAGGAAUCACAAUAGAUCCCACCAAAUGCCAAUUCAACUUAUCACUGAAAAACGCACACACAAUUCAUAACUCAAACAACACACUAAGCAACGGAAUUGUAAAGAAUGCCACCGUGUACGACACAAUUAAGGUGAAUGUGAUAGACACUCCCGGCCACCAUGAUCUCAUACAGAAUCUAGUGGUUGGGGCAGUGUUUGCAAACGCCGCAGUAAUAAUCGUUGACUCCAACGACGUCUUAAAGUCAGAGGUGUUUAGCGCCUACUUCAGCGAGCACAUGCUCCUGUUGUACACUCUAGGAAUAAGGAACGUGAUAGUAUGCAUAAACAAGAUAGACCGGUUCCAGUAUUCAGAGGAGACCUACAACAGGGUUCUAAAAGAGAUAGCAAAGCUGGUGAAGAUGUACGAGUCGACAGUCACAUUUAUUUUCAUGCCAGUAUCAGCACUCAACGGUGAUAACCUGGUUACAAAAUCAUCAAACCUUAGUUGGUACAAAGGACCUUCACUAAUAGAAUCACUACAAAUUGUUUCACUGGAUAUCGUUAAGAGGCCAGUUGUGACGUACGAUAAGGUCAUAUGUCACAUAUUUGACCUGUGGGAGUCGGGAAAGAGCGUUAACUGCUCAUGUUUCUUGGAAGGAUGCAAGUUGAAGAUUCCAAUUGAAAUGGUCUCACACCCGAACUCAGUGCAAGUUAAGUUUACCUCAGCACAGAGUUUGCCAAUACCACUCGUCACAGUAGGUGAUGGAAACGACGUGAAUGAGGCGAGCAGUAGCACAUCGUACGUGAACGAUUUCGUCGACUCGGUGGAAAUGAAGGGAACAGAAAUAGCAAACCUGCUAGGAACAAAAAUCAUAGUGGACGCAAACACGCACGCAAGAAUAAAAAACAACACCUCCAGCAUCGUGAGGACAAAUGGAUUUUACGGAUUCAUAUACCUUAAUAAGAUGAACAGGAGUAAACUAACAAUCGGAGAAAACGUGGAGCUGUUUGUAGGAUACUCAAAACAGUCAGCACACAUAAGGUCAAUGGAAAUAGUAGACAGGAAAAUGGGAAGUAAGAAGACGUAUUCAAUAGCACCAGGACAGUUCGCAUACGUGGAAUUCGCAUCGAACACACAAAUAUUAGUGGAACCAAUAUCGAGAGAGUCGAGUUACAUAAGUAACCUAAUAACCAAUGAUGUGGGAAAAGGAGCUGAAGGAGUGCCGAGGGGAAAAAAUUAUGACAGCCACGUCGGAAUACUGAGCAGGCUGCUGGUGAGAAGCUCAGGCAAUUUCGUAGCAGGAGGAGCAGUUGUAGCAAGCCAGUAG